AUGUACCUUAUUUCGACCAAAUCCAACAAACAUCUGGGUAAUUACAAAUACCUGAUGCUCGUUUUCACCGUUCAAGCAACCGUUUUUGCAGCUUCCGACGCUGUCAAUCAACCGGUUAGUUUUGAACAGCUGCGAAUAGAGAAUUACUUUUCCAGACGCUUCAUGUGUACAAAGGAACUGUAGUUGUGUUUGGCGGUAAUCCAUUCGCCCUCAGCUUCAAGUUUGCUUUCCUUAUGAAUGGUGAUUUUUUUUUUAUGAACUGAAAUGGAAAAAAAAGUUUUCGUAGCUCUAAACGUCACGCUCUUCGGAAUGAACAUGUUGGUUUUGGCGUUUCACUUCGUUUAUCGUUACUUGGCUGUUUGCAAGUAAUUUUUGUCCGUUCUGCUUAUCUACAGAAGCCUUUUUCAGACCAAAUUUUCUGCAUCUUUUCACAUUUCCGUAUGCUUCGAUUUGGCUGCUUCUUUAUGCUUUUAGCUUUUCUGACUGGUUCAUUUCAAUCGCUACUUUUGGAUAUCCUGAUCGAGAAUUUAGGGAUCUAGUCAGGUUUGUUUUUCGUUGUUUUUAAACACAAAGAAAGAUAUCAUUUUAGAAAGAAUAUGUACGAUAUUUAUGGUACUAAUAUUGAAGACCUUCCAUUUUGGGGCGCAAUGUACUAUGUGAGUGUUUUUUUAAAUGUUGAGUUGCGUAAAAACAAGAUCAAAAAUAGUUGUAGUAUUUAACAUCCUCAUAAUUCAUUUCCAGAAAUAUGACAUUUACGGGCACAAAAAACUUCAUUUUUUUUAUUUGUCGCUGGUUUUGACCUUCUUCUUUUUGAUAGUAGGUUUUUUUUUAUUUCAUCAAUGCGAAUCAUUUUGAGAGCCUCUCAUGCAUCACAGUGAUAAUCUGUGGGACGGCAGUAGCGAGGAAAAUCAAAGUUAAAAGUCCGUCGAUGUCUCACAGAACACACGACAUGCAUCGACAGCUCUUCCGCGCCCUUGUUGUUCAGGUUCAUUUUUCAGCGACUAAAAAUCAAGAGAGAUUUUCAGACAGCAAUUCCUUUUGUCCUUAUGUACAUCCCGGGAUGUUUGGAGCUCACGGUACCAUUUUUUGAAAUCGAGCUCGGGUAUAUCGAAAAUAUGAUUGUUAUCUUCUACACACUCUACCCAAUUCUCGACCCUCUUGCAGUCAUAUAUCUCAUAAAAGACUACAGGAUGGCCGUUUCCAGAAUAUUCACCAGCAAAGUUCAUCAUAAUGUUCCCUCUGUUCGAGUUACUAUUUCUGGUCAGAAUGACACCAUAUAACAAUUUGAAAUGAUGAAAAUGAUUUAUAUAAUGACAAGAUUUUUUUGGAAUAAAUUUAUUUUUUUGUAUUUUGACAAAUGUCAAUUUAUCCCUCUUUAUUAGGUUGAGAUUGCUUCAAGUAUCUGCUCAAUGGUGAAGCAGUUUAUUCGCUGGUACUAACAACAUGCCCACAUCAUUUCCCAAUACUAGCUGUCACGCCGGGACUUAAUGGACAACGAUUGUGGACCAUAACCAGCGCCGACGACUAA